AUGACGGUGGUGUUUGCGGCACGGAAUCAUAGAUUCGAUUUCGUUCAAAUCGACAAAGCCGUAAACAAACUGCCAACAAUCGUCGUCGUCAUCAUGCAGUAUCUAAUUUUAGCCUUUGCAAUCUUCGGCUGCGUCUUUGGACAAUUUGGAUCGUACCGCGGCUUUCCCAGCCAAAACGCAUAUAGAGCAACGCCGAGGCCCUAUCAACCGCAGCCACAGCCGCAACCACAAUAUAAUACGCAAUACACAUCAAAGCCGUUCAUAGGUAUUCGAAGUCAGCACAAGGAUACAUCGCCCGACGGAUCUUACACUUUCAGCUAUGAAACCGAAAAUGGAAUUUCCGUUGCCGAAAGAGGAUACCCUCAAGUUGGGCCUCAAGGUCAAACAGAGGUGGUUCAAGGCAGUUUUUCGUACCACGCACCCGACGGGACCCCUAUUACCAUUCAAUAUACAGCUGAUGAAAAUGGUUUUCAUGCUGAGGGUGCCCAUAUUCCUACGCCACCCCCCAUCCCAGAAGCCAUUAGAAGAGCACUCGCGGCAAAUCCACCUGGGCCCGAUGAUGAGAAGUACGACCGGCAACCCUUCCAGCAGAGAUUCGGUGGAUCAACAUACAAUGCCAAUCGAUUUCAAAAAUUCUAGUUUUACCAUAUGAUUUGCAAAAUCCUUCAUGAAGCACCCACAACACAAUCUAGCGAACCCUCUGAAAGGAUGGUCAGCUAAAUAUCAAUAUGUGUGACGGCUUUGAGUCAUUUGUUUUCUCCUUUCUAGCGUCUAAUGCAAAGUGAUACGUGUACAUAGGAUACAGUGGAUAACAAAUCAGUAUCAAUUCUUAUAUAAAAAAAUAUAA